AUGAGCGGAAGCGGAAACGGGGUCGUCGCGACCUACAAUGGCGCGGCGGAGGCGGGCGGCGCGGGGACGUUUUCGGUGAAGGCGGGCCUGGCUCAGAUGCUCAAAGGCGGCGUGAUCAUGGACGUGGUCAAUGUGGAGCAAGCGCGCAUCGCGGAGGAGGCUGGCGCCGUCGCAGUUAUGGCUCUGGAGCGGGUGCCGGCGGAUAUUCGCGCGCAAGGUGGCGUGGCGCGCAUGAGCGAUCCGGAGAUGAUCAAGGAGAUCAAGAAGGCCGUCACCAUUCCUGUCAUGGCUAAGGCGCGCAUCGGGCACUUCGUCGAGGCGCAGAUCCUCGAGGCGAUCGGCGUCGACUACAUCGACGAAUCGGAGGUGCUCACGCCCGCCGACGACGUGAAUCACAUCAACAAGCACCGCUUCGCCGUGCCGUUCGUCUGCGGAUGCCGCAACUUGGGGGAGGCGCUCCGGCGCGUGGCGGAAGGCGCGGCGAUGAUCCGCACCAAGGGCGAGGCGGGCACCGGGGAUGUCAUCGAGGCCGUCAGGCACGUCCGAUCCGUGCAAGGGGAGAUCCGACGGCUUAAGGCUCUCGACGAGGAUGAGCUUUACGUUUUUGCGAAGGAGCUGCGCGCGCCGCUGGACCUGGUGAAGCAGACGCGGGAGCUGGGGAGGCUGCCAGUGGUCAAUUUUGCGGCGGGCGGCGUCGCGACGCCCGCGGACGCCGCCAUGAUGAUGCAGCUGGGAUGCGACGGCGUGUUCGUGGGCUCGGGCAUUUUCAAGAGCGGAGACCCAGCCAAGCGUGCCCGUGCCAUUGUGCAAGCUGUCACCCAUUACACAGAUCCCAAGGUGGUGGCAGAGGUGAGCUGUGGGCUGGGCGAGGCGAUGGUUGGGAUUAACUGCUCCUUUGACAUCAAGGAGAGAUACGCUGCACGCUCCGAAUAA